CACGUUUUGGAUUCAAUGUUACUGCAUCAGGUGGGUUACAGCGACAGCAGGAGUGAAGAGAAAGAGAGAGAAGGUGUUUAUCUGAGGCUCAGAGCUGCAGCCGUGAAGCUCGACUGACAGACGGACACCUCGGACCAGUCCUAAGAGCUUUGUUUAGAGAUGAGUUUCCUUUCAUAUCUGUCUGUGACAUGGAGUCUAGUCGUAGUGGCGGUCACUCUUCUGUUUAUUUACAGUCUUUGGCCGUUUAAAUUUUUUAAAAACUUGGGCAUCCCUGGACCAAGACCUUGGCCCUUUUUGGGAACCUUCCUGUCCUACAGAAAGGGUUUUUACAAUUUUGAUAUGGAAUGCUUCAAGAAAUAUGGAAAAGUUUGGGGAAUAUAUGAGGGAAGACGACCAAUUCUGAUGACCUUAGAUCUUGAAAUGAUCAAGUCUAUUAUGGUAAAAGAAUGCUUCUCUACCUUCACUAACAGAAGGGACGCAAAUAUGGAAUUGGCUGGUCCCUUUACUGAUGGGAUAGGUUUCGUAAAAGAUGAAAAGUGGAAACGAAUCCGGAGUUCGCUUUCUCCGUUCUUUACGAGUGGACGACUGAAAGAGAUGUUUCCUAUUGUUGAGAAAUAUGCAAAUCGCUUUAUUGACCAUUUGAAGAAAAAAGACCCAAAAGAAGCCGUUAAAGUUAAAGAAGCCUUUGCUCCCUAUUCCAUGGAUGUAGUGACCAGUUCCUCUUUUAGCGUUGAAAUCGAUUCCAUCAACAACCCUGAGGAUCCGUUUGCCAUCAACAUCAAGAAAUUCUUCAACUUCAACGUCUUCAGUCCUUUAAUCUUCAUAAUUACCAUCUUUCCCUUCCUUGUUCCGAUUUUAUCCAAAAUGGGGGUGACCUUGUUUUCCAAAUCAGCCAUGGAGUUUUUCUACAGUGCGUUGAAAAAGAUCAAAGACCAGCACAAUUCGAAAGAAAAUAGGCGAGUGGACUUCCUGCAGCUCAUGAUCCAAAGCCAAAUAACUGAUGAACAAGCUGAGAAAGCUGAACAUCAACCUAGCAAAGGCUUGACUGAUCAUGAGAUUCUUUCCCAGUCCUUCGUUUUUAUUCUGGGCGGCUAUGAGACCACCAGCACCACCCUCACUUAUCUACUGUAUAACCUCGCAGUUAACCCCGACUGCUUGAGCAAACUGGUGGAGGAGAUCGACACAACCUUUCCUCAUGAUGCUCCAGUUUCAUACGAUGCACUAAUGAAGUUUGAGUACCUGGAAAUGGCUAUUAAUGAGUCGAUGCGUCUUUUUCCAACUGCUGCUCGUCUGGAGAGGAUGUGCAAGAAAACAAUCGAGCUGAAUGGAAUCACUAUUCCCAAAAACACUCUGGUUGGAAUUCCUACAUACGUCCUGCACAGGGAUCCACAACUCUGGGAUUCUCCAGAAGUGUUCAGACCUGAGAGGUUCAGUCCCGAGAAUGACAUCAACCCCUACAUAUUCAUGCCGUUCGGUCUCGGGCCUCGUAACUGUGUGGGAAUGAGGUUUGCUCUGCUGAUCAUGAAACUGGUGAUAGUCAAGCUACUGCAGAACUUUACUGUGGAGACGUGCAAAGAAACACAGAUUCCUAUUCAACUCAACGUAAUCUUUCAGCCAAAGGAUCCUGUGACUCUAAAGUUUGUUCCAAGAACUCACAACAAGGAAUAGUUCAGUAUGAUUUUACCGUGGUUAUGAUAGUUUCACUUUACUGUUCAACUUUUUUUAGCAGCACAUGAAAGCACUCCAUAGAGGAUUCUGUACCUUUAUAGUAUCCUUUAUAUUGCACACAUAAUUUCCCAUUAGUUGUACUUUAUUUAAUUUGUAAUAAUCCUAUUAUGAUCUCCAAGUAGGUUAUACUGGGUAUCACUUCUACUGUAUAAACAACAUGUUAUGAUGACAUUAUUUGUUGUGAUUUUAUACACAAGGGUUAUAAAGUUCUUAUAUGUUUGCCAAAAACUACACUAUAAAAAGUUCCUGCAGAUCUUUUAAACAUCAUAAUAUCUUUUCAUGUGAACAUUUAGAAUCAGAAUUGGUUUAAAAUAUACAGUGAACUUAAGUGCAUUGGAAAUACAUGUAUUAUUAUUACAUAGAUAAUAAAUUUAUCUUUACAGUAUUAAGAUAUGCAAAGGUUUAAUUACAGUGUUCUGAAUUGCUCUUGAUCGUGUUAGUGGUGCAGUUUGCAGAUGAAUAAUUAAAAAAAGGAAAGGAAAAAAACCUUCACUACUAUUAAAUAUUAUAUAACAUUGUUUAUUACAGCCUAAGAAUUAAGAAUCAAAGCUCAUUUAUUUGUAUAUAUAUAUCACGUCUUUGUGCAAUGCUUGUUAUUAGGGAUGUUUAAAAUUAAACCGGGACAUGUAAAGAAAUUUCUUGUGAAAAUGAAAAACAGAAGACUUCAAGCACAGUAGGACCUCUCGCCCGAUCCUUGAAAAUCGACAGAUAACUUGCCGCCAACUUGCAGAACAGACAGAUCUGUCUAUGGGAACUGUACACACAUUCACCAAGACCACUAAUACAUUGCAAAUUACUUCUAACGAUGUUUCUAGGUAAUAUAAAGUAUGGAUAUACAGCA